CUCACUUCUUAUUCCAUUUCCUCUCUCUGCAUCUCUCAAAAGCCAAACAAAAGUACUUGUAUCCAUCAAAGAACUGUUCUUGCAUCCAUAUUAUGGCUUCUUCUAUUGCUGCUGGUACAACCUCUGCUUCCACUACUAGUUCAGCUGCUCAUCAUCAUCAUCAUCAUCCACCGCCCAGUUUCUACUUCGAUGAGAAAUGGAAGCUGUCAAAGAAAGAAGGGUCGUCUCUUUCCCUGUCUUCUUCAAGAUCAAGCCGCUCUGGUUCAUCUAAUUGCCAAAAGUCUUCAAAAAGAGGGUGUUCGUUUUCCAGAAAGUGUGCGAGGUUGGUCAAGGAACAGAGAGCGCGGUUCUACAUCAUGAGGCGCUGUGUCACUAUGCUCAUCUGCUGGCACGAUUACUCUGAUUCAUGAAAACAGAGGGAUCCAUAAAGAGAGAGAGAUAGCAAGCAGUGGUCUUUUUUCUUCUCACUCUAUAGAUCCCUGGUUUAAUUAUAUUAGAGAGUUUUUCGAUGUCUGGGUUUGGCUCAGAAAUCCCAGUUCUGCUCUUAGCUUUUUUCUUAGGAAGAUUUAUACUUGUACAGAAUUUUUCCUUUUCUUUUU